CUUAGAUCGUUAACCAACGGUAUUUAUACGCUGGAAAACACAAACAAAGCAAACUUGUUAAAAUACAAAGUUUAUUGCCAUAUGGAUGAAAUACCUGGUUGUGGAGCCGGAGGCUGGACACUAGUGAUGAAAGUAGAUGGAACAAAGAAUACGUUCAACUACCCUUCGUCUUACUGGACCAACCGUGAAGCCUAUAAAAUAGAUGACGGUCUCGAAGGUUUAACUAAAAAAGAAGCAAAACUGGCUUCGUACUGGAACACUCCGUUCAAUAAGAUAUGUCUUGGGAUGAAUGUUAAAGGCGUUAAAGGUAGUACAAAAUGGAUUGUGAUUAAUCACAAAGCAAGCUCGCUGUUUGAUGUUAUCGCAGAUGAAACAUACAAAGAAACAAACAUAACCAGAGCAAAGUGGAAAUCACUUAUCGCUGCUUCACAAUUAUAUAACCAUUGCAGUAAAGAAGGAUUUAAUAUCUACGAGCCUGCUAGUUCCCCAAGAAAGAUAAGAUUACGGAUUGGAUUAGUCACUAGUAGUGAUCUAAAAUGCGAACUGGUGGAGAGAUUUAACUCCUGUAUUGGUUUUGGAGCUUUUAUAAAUGGAUGUCUUGGGAAGGAGAAGAAGAUAGCGUGUGGCAAUUUGUUGGCUUGCAGAAUAAGUCAAACAAACACUCCAGCUUUUGGAUAUAUACUUGUGCAGUAG